UCUGAUUUUUCUCUACAGUGUUUUCUUCUAUAUAUUUUCUGCCUCCCUGUGUUUCUCCCCCCUCUCUCAAGCAAGCAAGAGAAUCAUGUCAGACCACCAUGCUAGUUACUCAGAUUAUGAUUCUCAAUCACGCUCCGACGACCACCUUCAAACAAACCUGCCUGCACUUUAUUCACAGCCAAGCCUCCCAUCACUACCUUCCCUCACCUCAAACCCCGAUCACUACCAAGAAAUCCUAUCCACCACCCACCACCACUGCCUCACCACUCUUAAAGGCCACACCUCUUAUAUAUCCUCACUAAACCUUGUUGGGAAGUUCCUUUACAGCGGCUCCGGCAAGGAAAUCCGAUUGUGGAAGGGAAACUCUUUAGAUUCUGAAAUAGAUCAUGAAAACCUAAGCAACAACGUUGUGGCUGUGGGAAAAGGUGCGGUGAAGUCCCUUGUUGUUCUGGAAGAUAAACUCUUUAGUGCUCAUCAAGAUCACAAAAUCCGAGUAUGGAAAAUCAAUAACCAGGAAUCUGAUAAGCAGAAAUACACACGUUUAGCCACUUUACCAACACUUGGUGACCGUGCCUUCAAAAGUCUGUUGCCCAAGAAUCAAGUUCAGAUUCGCAGGCACAAAACAUGCACAUGGGUUCAUCAUGUUGACACAGUAUCUGCAAUAGCCUUGUCGAGUGAUGAGUCCCUUCUCUACUCCGUUUCAUGGGAUCGGACAAUUAAAAUAUGGAGAACUAAUAACUUCAAGUGCUUGGAGUCGGUAGCCAACGCACAUGAUGAUGCUAUAAAUGCAGUGGCAUUGUCGAAUGAUGACAGUGUUUAUACCGGAUCGGCCGACAAGAAUAUCAAAGUGUGGAGGAAAAGUUCAAAAGAGAGCAAACAUUCCUUAGUUGCUACGCUAGAAAAACACAACUCUGGGAUUAAUGCCUUGGCACUAAGCACUGAUGGGUCUGUUUUAUACUCUGGUGCAUGUGACCGAUCAAUAGUAGUAUGGGGGAAGGACGGUGGUGGCAAUAUGGUGGUUGUGGGAGCCCUAAGGGGCCAUUCACAGUCCAUAUUGUGCUUAGCUGUUGUGUCUGAUUUGUUGUUUAGUGGUUCCGCAGAUAAAACUAUUAGAAUUUGGAGAGGUUCUGACAAAAGUUACUCUUGCUUGGCAGUUUUAGAAGGGCAUAGAGGCCCUGUCAAGUGCUUGACAGCAACGAUUGACCAUGACAACACAACCGAUGCAUCGUAUCUUCUUUACAGUGGGAGUUUGGACUGUGAUAUCAGAGUGUGGCAAAUCAACGUCCCUCUCCUAUAGUAGAUUUCUUUAACUUGGAAUCGCGGCUGUUUUGUAAAAUACAAUAUAUGAGAAGUCUGCUAUAGUUCCUUUUUGUUUUCCUCUCCUUAAUUUUCUGCUCUCAUUUCCCCCUCCUUUGAGGUCAUUUCUCGAGUUGAAUUGUUGUAUGGGAAGCCAUGUUGAUCUUUCA